AUGGGACGACUCUAUGUCAAAAGUAAAACGGACCGAGAGCAUCUGACGGAUCUGGAGGAAACAUUCAAAACAUUGAGAAAAUACAGCAUGAAAUUGAACCCAAAGAAGUGCGUCUUUGGAGUGAGAGCGGGAAAAUUUCUUGGAUUUAUGGUGAGCAAAAGAGGCAUUGAUGCGAACCCGGACAAGGUUCAGGCAAUUUUGAGCCUUCCGGAGCCCAAAGGUGUCAAAGACAUCCAGAGAUUAACAGGAAGGAUGGCCGCUUUGACGAGAUUCAUAUCGAAGUCGGCUGAUAAGGCCCUUCCGUUUUUCGCGCUGCUCAGGGGGAAUAAAAAGUUCGAAUGGGGGGAAGAGCAGAGCAAAGCCUUCUCGGCCGUGAAGGAACACCUCGCAAAGCUACCAACCAUAACAAGGCCAGAGGCGGGGGACACACUGCAGUUGUACAUCUCGGCCUCCCCCAAAACGGUAGCGGCAGUGCUGAUAACAGAAAGGGAGAAACAGCAACAUCCAAUAUACUUUGUCAGCCACAUUCUUAACGGCCCAGAGAGCCGGUAUCAGCAGAUUGAAAAAAUGGCAUUGGCGGUUAUUGUAGCGGCUCGGAAGUUAAGGCCCUAUUUUGACUGUCAUCCAAUUCAGGUGUUAACAAAUCAGCCGUUGGAGAAAGCUCUGCAAAAGAUGGAAACCUCUGGGCGUUUAUUGAAAUGGGCCAUUGAAUUGUCGGAGUAUGAUAUUCAGCAUAAACCGCGAACGGCCAUAAAAGCGCAAGCACUGGCGGACUUCAUGACUGAGGCUUAUGAGGAGGCAGAGAUAAAAGAAAAAGAAUCAUGGCUGCUGGAGGUAGACGGCUCUUCGGCCGCUAGCGGGGCAGGGGCCGGUAUUGUGAUAACCAGCCCAGAAGGAAACACCUUCGAAUACGCCAUCAAAUUUGCUUUCCCAGCCUCAAACAAUGAAUCAGACGAGGCAGCCAUUGCUGGCUUAAGAAUAUUCCAGUUGGUUAGCAGUCAGCUUAAAGGAGAAUUUGAGGUCCGAGAGCCCAACAUGGUUAAGUAUGUGGAGAAAGCCAAGGAAAUAAUAGCACAGCUUGAGCAGUUCGAAGUUGAAGCGAUUCCAAGGGCUGAGAACAUGAAGGCGGACUCCCUAUCUAAGGUAGCUAGCUCAGACUCAUUCCAGGUGGAAAGGAUGGUCACGGUUGACAUCCUCAAGGAAAAAAGCAUUGCGCAGAAAGUGGCCAUGGUAUACAGCAUUGACCAGCAAGGGGAAUGGUUUACAGAGCUAGUGAGGUACAAGCAAACAGGAAUGCUCCCGGAAGAUCCCACAGCCGCCAAAAAAUUGCAGAAGCAAGCAAGUUGGUACGUGAUAUACCAGAAUGAGUUGUACAAAAAAUCAUUUAGCCUGCCACUGUUAAAAUGCGCAACAUCUGCUGAGGCCGUGAAGAUAAUGGAAGAAAUUCACGAGGGUGUCUGUGGAAACCACAUUGGAGGUAAAGCAUUGGCUUUAAAGGCACUCAGGGCUGGAUUCUACUGGCCCAGCAUGUUGUCCGAUGCGCAAGGCUAUGUGAAAAGAUGUGAUAAGUGCCAGAAGUUUGCACCGGUGAUAAACAGGCCCGCCAAUGACUUACAGCCCAUUCUGUGUCCGAUACCAUUCGCUCAGUGGGGAAUGGACAUUCUGGGACCGUUCACUACCGCGACGGGAGGAAGGCGUUUUUUGAUUGUGGGCAUUGAUUACUUCACAAAAUGGAUCGAAGCGGAGCCGACAGCGAAGAUAAAGGACAACCAAGUAAAAAAGUUCAUCUGGCAGAACAUUAUGACUAGGUUUGGCAUCCCGGCCGCGAUUGUAUUCGACCACGGAGUCCAGUUUGACUGUAGGCCCAUUCAGUCUUUUCUCUCGGACUUCCGCGUGAAGUUUGCAUAUUCCGCAGUGUGCCAUCCUCAGAGUAACGGUCAGGCAGAGGCCGCUAACAAGCAAAUUCUGAGCGCCUUAAAAAAGAAGCUCGAUGAGUUUAAGGGAAAAUGGGCCGAGAUGGUACCGGCUGUUCUAUGGGCAAAUAGGACAACUGAGAAAGAAGCGACGGGAGAAAGCCCUUUCAAGCUAACAUUUGGCGCAGAAGCAAUGUUGCCAGUAGAAGUAGGCUUGCCCACCUAUCGGAUUAAACAUCAGGCCCUGGAAAGGAAUGAUCAGGCACUGAAAGAGGAUUUGGAUUUCUUGCCAGAGAUAAGGUUAAAAGCGGAACUGAGAUCAGCAAUGUACAAGGACCGAAUCCGUAAAGCCUACAACAAGAAGGUCUUGGAGAGACCGUUAGCUGAAGGCGAGCUAGUUCUGCGAAGGACAGCCGCCACCGGAAAAGCUCACACAGAGGGUAAACUAACUGCCAAUUGGGAAGGCCCAUAUAUCAUAGCUCGAAAGAUAGGUCCGGGAUCCUUCAUUCUCAAAGGAAUGGAUGGGAAAGAGCUGAAGAACUGCUGGAAUGCUGACGUCCUUAAGAAAUAUUAUGUAUAG